AUGGCCAUUGAAAUAUUAGACGAAAAUCAUUUGGCAAUAAGUGCAAUUGUCACAGUCGUACUCCAAUUGAUUUUUUUCAUAAUAGCAGCAACAUUUCAAUUUGACAAGUUGACGGAUGUUGCCGGAGGAACGAAUUUUAUUAUUCUCGCAUUGCUCACAUUUUUCCUUGCUCAAACAUACGACAACCGUCAAUUAAUGGUCACUAUAUUUAUAUGCUUGUGGGGUGCCAGACUCUCCGGGUAUUUACUAUAUAGAAUAAUGAAAAUCGGUAGAGAUGCCAGAUUCGAUGAUAAAAGGAGCAACGUCAUUCGUUUUGCCGUUUUUUGGACUUUUCAGGCCGUUUGGGUUUUCGUAGUGAGUUUACCCGUUAUUUAUAUAAAUUCUCCUCAUCAUGCCAUACCACCGGCUCCAAAAACUAUGACGACAUUAGAUUCAGCUGGAACUGGAUUGUUUUUCAUUGGACUCAUUGCUGAAACAUAUGCGGAUUUGCAAAAAUUUUCUUUCCGACAGGAUCCGGCAAAUUCGGGAAAAUGGUGCAACGAUGGUCUUUGGAGACUUUCGAGACAUCCGAAUUAUUUCGGAGAAAUAGUUUUGUGGUGGGGAAUAUUCAUCAUAUCGAUAAACGUUAUCGAAGGUAUCGAAUGGAUAGCAAUACUUUCGCCUAUUUUUACAACUUUUAUAAUAUUAUUUUUAUCGGGGAUGCCUUUGUUGGAAAAAUCGUCGGAUGAAAAAUAUCGAGAUUUGACUGAAUAUCGAUAUUACAAAGCAUCGACAUCGCCACUCAUUCCAAUUCCUCCGGCCAUUUACGUGGAAACUCCGAAAUUUUUAAAAUUCAUUCUCUGUUGCGAAUUUCCACUAUAUAAUUCUUUGAACGUCAAAGAAAAACCGACCCCGUUGAAUUCGAGCAUAUUAACAUCAGCAAAUUCCGUCACAUAG